AUGGCAGCUCCAAGAACAACAUUGAUGAGCUUGGUUGUUGUGACCAUGCUCAUAGAAUUGGCCAUGGCAGCCACUUACAUGGUCGGAGGUCCAAACGGCGCGUGGGAUUCGAGUACUGACCUUCAGACAUGGGCAUCAUCGCAAUCAUUCUUAGUCGGAGAUAAUCUCAAUUUUCAGUACUCACCAAACCAUGAUGUGAUUGAAGUGCCAAAGGCAGACUAUGAUUCUUGCCAAGCAAGUAACUCAAUUCAGUCUUACACUGGGGGAAGCACUACAAUUCCUCUCUCUUCUCCAGGCAAAAGGUACUUCAUCUGUGGAACAAUUGGACAUUGUAGUCAAGGAAUGAAGCUUGAAGUCAACACUCUUGCAUUUUCUGCCACACCAACAGCUUCUCCUAUAAGCCCUUCCCCACUAGAAUCUCCUUCAGCUCCAUCAUCUUCGUCGGAGACUCCUAGUUUGGCUUUAGAAACUUCUAUUGCCUCGCCAGCAAAAUCGGUACCACAAUAUGCUCCCACAUUGCCCCCUACUUUGCCAUCUGGAUUGCACAUCAGUCCUGCAUCAAACCCUACUGACAUUCCUUCAAUUGAAGCUCCUACUUCCAUUUCUCGAACCGGGUCUUCAGGGAAACCUUCUGCAUCAUCAUCGAACUACAAAGGCGGUCUCCCGAUCAGUCUCACUAUGGGGUUCAAUGUUGUGAUCAUGUUGUUGCUAGCCCACUAG